GCAGCUCUGGAGGCUGCUGGAUGGUGCGUGCUGAAUUGCUUUGCGCACUGCGCUGAGCAUCUACCCCUUGCUGUUGGAUUGUUCCCUCCCCCCCUCUCAACAGCUGCCUAGAGUUAGACGUUACUCCCUGUCUCCUCUUCUUCAUUUUCCUGAAGCGGAUCACCAGGCAAGUGGCAAAGCAGAUGCUUUCUCAUAGCCUGGAACCUUGAGGGGACUUGCAGCUCUAGCCGGCUUAUCCUAGGAGCGUCUUUGACACACUGAGCUGCAGAUGGCCUCGAAAUCUCACUGAUGGGCGAAAGGGAAAUCAAGUCACAGUAAAGCAGCCUCCUGCCCUGGUACCUGCCCCCUGCACGCCCGCUCUACAAGCCAUGGAGGCCACCGACGUUCCGGUGGGGAACCUCAUUGAUUUUGAUUCUGAGCCCCCUGCCUCCGUCCCCGCUGAGUCCCCUCCCUUGCCCCCUCAACCCUCCAGUGGCAAUGGGUUACUGGAGGACCUGGGGGACCCGGCGGCUGUAGGAGAGGAGAGUGACACCACGGAGUCGGCCGACAGUGAGAACGACAUGGGGGAUUCGCCCAGCCAUCACAGCUGGAACAACUACCGCCGCUCCUCGUCCAUUGAGUCCUUCUCGUCCAACCAGAGCACGGAGUCAGCCAAGGACGAGGUGAUGGUGGAGCGCCGGGAGUUCAUGAGACAGUACGUGGAGAAGAUCUUCAGUGGAGGGGAGGACCUGGACCAAGAAGAGAAGGCCAAGUUUGGGGAGCUGUGCAGCGGAGAGAACGGAAAAGGCAGGGAGUGGUUUGCAAGAUAUGUCAGUGCUCAGCGCUGUAACUCCAAGUGCGUCUCGGAGCAGACUUUCUAUCGGCUGGUGCAGUCCUUCGCGGUGGUGCUGUUCGAGUGUCACCAAAUGGAUGACUUUGGUCCUGCCAAAAAUCUAAUGACCAUGUGUUUCACUUACUAUCACAUCGGUAAAGCCCAGGUGCUGCCCUCAGAGGCGAAGGAGAAGCCCAUGGGGAGUAUCGACUCGUACCUGAAGUCCGCAAACAGCUGGCUGGCUGAGAAAAAAGACAUUGCAGAGCGACUCUUGAAGAACACGUCAGCGAAGACUGAGAAUGUGAAGGGCUUCUUCGGGGGGCUGGAAACCAAGCUCAAGGGACCCAUGGGCAAAAAAAGCGAGGAGGGGGAAGACAAACCGAAGGAGAAGCUGCGGAAGACAGUUUCCUUGUACAGCCCCGAGGAGGAGGAAGAGGAGAAGAAGGGAGAGAAGAUCUAUUUAUAUAUGCAUCUGAAGCAGCAGCCUAUCUGGCACACCCUGAGAUUUUGGAAUGCAGCCUUUUUCGAUGCUGUCCAUUGCGAGAGGAGGAAGAGAUCUCCCACCACCAGAGGGAACACUGGAGAGGAAGAGGAAAAGAGGGAGAAGUGGUGUCACAUGACCCAGGAGGAGCGUGACGACAGCCUACGGUUUAACGAGAACAUCACUUUUGGGCAGCUUGGCACCUUCACUCACAACAUGUUGGCGUUUGGCCUGAGCAAGAAGCUCUGCAACGACUUCCUGAAGAAGCAGGCUGUGAUCGGCAACCUGGAUGAAGAGCAAAACAAGCUGCUUAGUGAUCACAUUGAGCAAAUGGCUGCCGAAUAGCCAUCUGGCCUGUGUCCGGCGUUUGGAGCGAGGCGGAGAGGCGCGGCAGUGGGUGUGGGUGCGGAGUGGGAGGACUUCUCCGAGACCACCCGCAACUGAAGAUGGGCUACGUAGAACCACCGCAAUAAACCUGCAUGAUUGUCAGCAAACCUUAGCGCUGCACCGUGCAGCCCGUAGAAAUAGGAGCUCAACAAAAGCAGCCCUUUUCAGAUGCUCCGUCAUCCCAGAGCCCCGUCACAUUGUCCGAGUUGAAUAUUCCAAGAGGUGUUUUUGUCUGUAAAAUGGAGUAACUGCUCAAGAUCCCUGUGUGUUUAUGUGGGCUCGGGGGAAGGGCAGGAUUGCUGUAUCCCAGGCUCCAAGGAGGUGCCUUGCACUGGCCAUGCUGCUGAAAACUGUUUCCUGAUGUGACUGCUGCAGUAGCCAACAGCGGAUGAGGUCAAAAGAUACUGUAGGCAGGGUGGGGGGUUGGGUGUAAAGGGAGGGAAUAAAAUGGUAGCACUAUGGGCUUGUUACUUUAGAAGGUUGGUACCCAGUGGCUAAUCCAGGUGAAAACAGGACUUCAAGGCCCCCAGCUCCGAGAUCAAGAGCUGUGUCCUCCUUGUGGUGCGUCGUGCAUUGAAAGUUUAUCCACGACAGCUGCACCAUGCCUUUUGCUCUGGCAGAUUAGCAGCUGCUGCAAUAGGAACCAGCCUUGAGAUCAGAGCGAUCUGUCCCAUCUUCUGGUUUGACCUGCCGUUCUGCAGUGAGAUGGGCUGAGGCCCUUGCAGUUUGUACAGCCCUUCCAAAAGGAAACGUUGAUUGCCUCCGUUAUUGGGGCUAGAGAGGGAGAGAAUUCUUUAGUGACAAAAUCUGGGCAGAUGGGACCACUCUGGUAAAGGGUAGGAGACUGAUCUCGGAGCCGCUGCAGCGUCUUUGAUGUCGGUAGUCUGAUUUUGUGUCAAAGUGCAUUUCAUUAUCUAUCUGAAAACGUCCCUCUUGGUCUGGGAGAUAAGCAGGCAUACAGAAAUUCAUGCAGAUCUCUCUGCUGCAGUCAGAGAAACGCAGUAUCUGGCUAGCUAGCCCCCUCCUUUAAUACGAAGAUUCUUCCAAGGUGACCCUUUGAGAACUUUACUGUAUUUGCUUCAAAGGAACGCGGGUGACGUUUGUACAUCUCAGUGUGAGGGCAAAUAAAGGAACUUCCUUAGUACGCUGGAUAGACUGGUGGCAGCCUUGUUCGGGGGAAGCUGUAGUGGUCCGUCAGCUGGAGAGAGGAGGAGAGGGGUUGCUUUGCUUGGGUUCUGUCGGUAGAGAAGGUAAAGCUGCAGCAGGACGACCUUCUCCCUUCUGCCUUUCCUCUUGCAGAUUUUAAAUUCUGAAAAUCCUCCAGGUGGCGCCUUCCCACUGGGAGCUGCUCAGCAAUGGCAGCUACCCUCUUCCCCAGAGCUUCACCCCAUGUCGGUUUGCUUGGUGGAGCUGGGGAGUGUAGUUCAAGGCUGGGACAUGGAAAUAUAUGGGAUGUGAGAGUCUGGCCCCCAGGUGGGGGAGGAACUCUGGGUCAGGAGGCAACCCAAAAAUGAUUGGAGCAUGGUGUGUCCUUGUGACUUUCCCUAAUACAAAAGAAAUCCGGGUUAAUUUUCCUGUUAACCACCGCUUCCAGCCACCGGUCUUCCAGACGUACCAGACCAGACUGCUGCAUGUCUGUCUGUACUUUUAAAUAACACGUCCCGUUCAGGUGCAACCUGCACGCCUCCGGGGUGCGAGUGAGUCACUCGGCCUCUGGGCUUUCUCAGUGCCAUGAUACAGAUCGUGCUGUUCUUGUUCCAAGUGGAAACGAAAUAUUAAUCUUAUUAUUUUCCCACAAAUCUAAUCAUCCUCAGUGCUCCUUCCUGACCCCUCCCGUACCAAUCAGCUUCAUGAGCCAUCCUGAAAUGGCCUUGUGUAAAUACUCAUUUUGUUCCUGGCCUUGAGUGACUCCAGCCUCCCUGGAUAUAUUGUAAUCAGUAGAGCAGAGUACAGACUUUCAUUUCUUUCUGGGUCCCUUGUUACCAGUGUGGCAUGCAGUGUGUGUCAGUGAAUCUUGGGUGUCAAGUGUUGAGAGAGGGAUGGAGUGACUAGAAUUAUCUAGGUAUAAUACCAGUGACUUUAAAAGAGGUCACAGACUUUACUAUAUAAACUUUUUUUUUUUUUUUUUUUUUUUUGGUAGGGGCAGAUGGCUAGAUAAAAAUGGGAAACUUGUAGCAAAACUCAGGGACUUUAGAGAUCAAUGCUGGAAUUUUGUCUAGAAAAGCCUUAUGCAAGGGAAAUGGGUUUGCUUCUCCCUUGGGAAAAUAAGGCAUGUCGGAAGCCCGUGUUAAAGGCUGUGGAGCACGGCACAGAGACAUGCCAAAGUCAGGCAAGCUGUGAGCCCCGUCACAUGUUCUGUGGCUGUCAAAUAAGAAUUUACAGCCUAGCACACGCUAAUUUCCAAUAGAAAUCGUGCAGUUGUCUACUCCAGAAAAUGAAAUGCUGCUUGUGUUGUGGUGUUCAGGUGACUCUUGCUGUGUGUGUUCAAUGCUUCGUCUCUCUUCAAAAGUAUUACCGUCGCUGACUUCUGUGUUUACAUGAGCCUGCGUUUCAAGGGAUGUUUGUCCAGGGCUGCUCUGUGCAUCAGUUACGUACUGUAAGAUUCAUAGUGUUGCAGGUUUGUUUUAUUGCAGCCGCUUGACUUGUUGGCCCUGCAGUGUUACUUCCUAAAUCUAUAGAAUGGUAUUUAACAUCGCGAGUAACCUCUCUGCGAAUAUUCCCAGUCAUGUUGAGAUUUUUAAGUGUGCUGUGUGAUUAUUCCUAGCCCCCAAAGCAAGCCAGUAAUCCUAGACUGAUGCUCGGGAAAUGAAAAAACGUCCUACAUAGAUGUUUGUAAAAGUGCUAAAGUCUCCUUGGAGUGUCGGAAGCAGCGGCAUUUGGUGUUGGGUAUGUGACCAAAUAUUGUGUUCGUGAGCUCUGGGAUGGGCGAUCCUGUUCCUGCCGAUUGCAAAUGCAGUCGAACUGCCUCUUCUGAUCCAUGCCAGUUUUGAUGGGUCCAUGUUGUCGUCAGUUACUUACUACUAAGACUUGUUGUUCGUCAUGGUGUUAAUAGAAGUCCAUGCUUCGGUCCUGGGUUAAAAGGCAGAAACCACGACUAAGUGCAAAUGAGAGAGAUCCCAGAGCAGUCUAAGGAGAACGUGCUUUAGGGGUUUUUUUGCAAUAUUAAGUGGGAACAGCUGAGUAGCACAAGACAGUAAAACCCUCUGUGUUCCCCACGCCUCCCAGAGUCACCUCUCUUUGCCCAUGCUAUCUAGCUAAUGCCCUUGACACCCACAGCCCAGUUGCCAAGUGCACUCGCCCACUCUCACAAUCCCCUACCUCAGCCCUUUCAGGUCAGAGCUGCUUCGUGCCAAGUACACCUCCGGGGAAUACAGGGCCCUGAUCACUGCUCUCUUGCGGGGCUCCUGAGACUCCCCUCCCCUGUGGAAUGCGGGAGAGCUGGGGCAGUCAGGCUCCCAGAAAGCUUGGCAGAUGCUUCCCAAUAACCCCUCUCUCUCGGAGACACCCAAGGAGGAGGUAGGAGGGGAGUCAUGCCAGCCUUGUAGGGUCCUUGUCCCCACUUGGAAAAGAGGCAGACACCCCCAAUCCAGCAGCCAUCCAUGACAGAUGGCCAGCCUGACUCAUGGGGCUGUAUCUCCUCUCCUGUGGCUGUCCAGCGUAUGGACGCAAAGGUCAGCUCCUUGCUUGCUGUUGGAUUGGGAGUGGACACCUCUGCUCCAGGAUCUCCAGAGUGCUCUGCUGGAAGAGAGGCUUGGUUCCUUGCUGAAGUUAAGUUAGGAGACCAUUGUCUGCAGACCAGCUAGCCGGUUUGGAGAGAGAUCUUGACUCCACUAGCCAGGGCCAGCGACGCACUCAAGCCAUAUGCGAAACUUUAAGCAUGUGACUAGACCUGCUGACAUCACGUGAUUAAAGUUGCACGCAUAUGUACAAAAGCACUUGACUGGCUCAGAGCCCCCAGCCCCAAUAACCUUUCCCAUCCAUUGUUUUAGUUUAUGAACUUUAACCCCAUUCUUCUUCAAAGCUGUGUCUUGGGGGGUAACCUCCUGCCCCUCAGCACCAUGCAAGGUCAUGGAGCAAUGAGGAUUUUAAUGUCACGAGACUCAUCUCCAUAGCAAGGAGCUGCUGAGUCAAACCCUCCCCGUGAUUACCGGCCUUGGGAACUGCAGCACCUGUUUAAAAAAACAAACAAACUGUGACAGCCUUAAGGCUUCAGAAAUGAGCUUUUCUUUCCCCAGGUGCCCCAACGCUACCCUCCAGAUCCAAGUAAAAAUGAGUUGACUUUGGUGUGUGUCAGUGUCUCGGGCAUAGGCUGAGUCUUGCGUUUCUGAGCUAGAGUAAAUGCGGUGAUGAGUGGGGGAUGGGGCUGUGGUGAGAUCCAUUCUAAAAUCCCCUCUGUGCCGCAUGGAGAAAGGGCUUUGGCAAAGUCAGUUUCAGGUUUGUGCUGCCCAAGCCGUGCAGGUUGGUUUUAGAUUUCACCCUGGAGAUGCAGUAGAAGAGAUGAAGGCCCACUAGUCUAUCAGGGAAAGUAGCCCCCAGCCGAGAUGACCAGCAUCCCAAGACAGCACUCAGCCUGGGAGAGAGAGUUUGACAAAUUGGCCUGUUUUUCCCUUUUGAGAUCUCUUGAGACACACGAGGAAUGAUUGCAGACCUCCGAGGUGGAAUGAGAAGGGUUCCAAUCUGUGCAAAUACACUGCGGUUGAACCCCUCGUUCUGAAGUGUGUAGCAUGGCCAAGCAUCUCAAUUGUACACAUUACUUCUGGUACCUAACCCCCGGGCGGACUCCUGUGGGAUGUGUUUAUCCGUAAUUGUGCAGAAGUGGUACUGAACUUGGGGCAAAGCCAGGCCAAAGAGAACUGGAGCGCGCGCGCUGCUCCGUCCUGGUUCCCAAAGGGGAUGAAUUGGAAGGUUGCAUCACCUAACUGAAAUUUAGUGAGGGGGUUGCUUUCCCAAGGAUUGCUGGUAUGGGAUGUAUUAGCCUAGAAUUGUAUUGUUUGGGGAGAAAUCACUGCUAUAGGAAUGUAGCUUGCACUUAGAAUUUUAUUCUGCUUAUUGGUGGGUUGAUGGACAUAGGGGCAGCUCCAGCAGUUGGCUGGUAGUUGAUGGUCGUCAAAGUGUAGCGUACAGUAUGUCUGAUCUCAAUCUGUCUGUCUCUCUCAUUUUUUCUUUCCUGAAUUCUGCUGUUUUCUUCCAACACUAGAAAAGUUUAGCAGUGAAAACAUGUUGUUUGCACGUGUAUUUUUUCUAAAAAAUAUAAAAUUAAAAAAAAUUGUAUGCAAAUGCAAAGAAAAUGUUUAAAUGUAUUGCCCCACGUUACAGAAUGUUUGCUUCCAUUGGGGUUCCAAAUGCUGUAUUUUACUCUUUAUAUAAAUAUAAUUAUAUAUAUAUAUUUAUUUGGUCUGAGUUUGACUUUGACACUGUAUUUAACAUUGUUACUGCCAUAUCAUGGGCUGAGGGUGAUUGUUAGACAAUUGAUGUGUUGUACUGGGAUCAUGUGACUUGAUUUCCCAAGGGAUCUUGGUUUAAGGAUUUUUUUGAGACUAUUUUAAGCCUGAAGACCGAGGGGGUUAAAUUAUGCAUUCCUGUUUUGGACUGUGGUGAGGGAUUAGAAUAAAUGGUCUUUAAACCCC